AUGACUGCUGCGGGAGUCUCUCCGUCAAGCUCCCCGCGGCUUCCCAGUCCUCCUCCGUUUACUGAGGUUCAAAUUGGGCCUCAGUCGCCAUCGGUUGGCGAAUCUUUUGGCAAUGAUGCAGACCUGAUUGGUGGUGCGAUAGGAGAAAACGAUGGCUCGACGCGCAGAAUCCGGCCAGGGACCAAAUCCGCCAACAUGGGCCUGCCGGCGAUUCCCUUAGAGCAGAUAAAUUCUCCAUUCCAGCUCCAGGAACACCUCAAAGCCCAGUACCAUAGGCUUGCGCCCGGGUACACUGAACUUAUGGAUAAGUACGAUCUGCUUAUGGAGAAGUACGAUGUGCUUAUUUGGGAGUACAAUGAACUGAAGCGCAAAUCAUCUGACAAGGCGGACCCUAAGUACGAUGUGCUUAUGGAGGAGUACAAUGCGCUUUUGGAGGAGUACAAUAAGCAGAACCCCGAUGAAUUCGACACGGUGGACCGGACAAGCGAGGUUGCGGAAGAGCCGAUAGAACCCUCAGAGAUCAAGGUUGCUAAAGAGCCGAGAAAACCUGCGAGCGAGGUUGCGAAUGAGCUGACCAGACCCCCGAAUGGGUUCGAGGAAAUUGGUUGGAAAUACGAACUGUGCCGCUUCUUCACUCUAGAAGUUAAUCGCCUGGUCGAGGGCUUUUUUGCUGAGACCCCGCCAUGCUCGUCGCAAACUUGUCCCGAGAUGCGAGUCAACGAUUGGCAGUAUAUUUGCGCGGGCGCGGGACACGAUAGAGCCAAAUAUUGCUGCGCUAUUGACUAUUGCUGCCAUACUCUGGAUUGGGCCAUGAACAUUCUCACCUCGGAAACUUUCGACAAACGACUUGUAUUGCCAAGUCAUGACAAAAUCAAGAAACCUUUGGAAGAUAUCUUCCGCCGCCUCUACCGUUUCUUCGCACACGCGUGGUUUCGGCACCCUAUUGUGUUUUCAAAGGUAGAAAGGAAUGGCGGUCUGUACGUCUUUUUCAAGACCGUUUGCGUUCACUACAACCUUGUCGCAGACUACACGAUCCCUCUUAGGGCCGGAGGACCCGAUGAAGUCGCAGCAGCCAAGAAAAGGAAGGAGGAAGCCGAGGGAAAAGCACCCAAGGAAAAACCUGUCAACAGCAACCGCUUCACUAUUCUACGCAAGGAAGGUGAAAAUCCAUUCGGUACCGCCGCGGAAAGUCAGGAGCCGGCGCUCGUCACUAGCGCGACCACCCGUCGCCACAAACACAGUCCUUCAAUGGGAUCGCGCGUUACACCUAUCGCGGAGGAUGCGGAGGAUUUGGAAGAGGUUACGCCAUCGCCAUUGCGUGAGCCCCUGGAGCAGUCACCCGAACCGCGGCCUGUUUCCGUUUUGGAAAUUCGGACUAGAGAGCAACCUACUGUCGCGGAUGAGCCACCUACCGAUGUGGGAAACCCCUCUGAAGAGCCAGUUGAGGAAUCCCAGGAACAGCCACCGCAAAAACACUAUGGGCAGCUAUCUGAAAAUCCUGAAGACCAGGAAAAGAUUGAACAAGUUGGGCAGGCUAAGGGACCCUUCUCCGAGGAGUCAGCUACAAACUCAGAAUCGCCCAUCGAGGAGCAUGCUACGAAAGAUGAUGAAAAUACAACUUCCUACGAAGAGGCAACUCCUGCUGAAAAGCCCGAGGCAGAGACUGAAGUGUUACAAGAGCCUUCCGUUGCCUCUGGAACUAAGGACGAGCCAGAGAAAAAGGAGUCUUGA